AUUGCAAGCAUCACUGCAUCCAACAUUUAUUCCAACAGCCGACUCCACCUCUCCGCAACAGGAAAAUAUAAUUUAUUAGGAUUAAUAAGAAUCAGGCUCCGUUUAUCGUGUUGAUUUUCUAAAACAAUGGAGUUAUACGGGAAGAUGGCUGCUACACAAGACAACAAACAGAACUCUGAUCAGAACUUUGAUUACAUGUUCAAGCUGUUGAUAAUCGGGAACAGCAGUGUUGGAAAAACUUCUUUCCUUUUCCGCUACGCUGAUGAUACCUUUACCUCUGCCUUUGUCAGUACGGUGGGCAUCGACUUUAAGGUCAAAACUGUGUAUAAGAACGACAAAAGAAUCAAGCUUCAGAUCUGGGACACAGCAGGGCAGGAGAGGUACAGGACUAUCACCACAGCCUACUACAGAGGGGCCAUGGGCUUCAUCCUAAUGUAUGACAUCACUAAUGAGGAGUCUUUUGCUGCCGUCCAGGACUGGGCGACCCAGAUUAAGACAUACUCUUGGGACAAUGCCCAGGUGAUCCUCGCAGGAAACAAAUGUGACAUGGAAGAGGAGAGGAUAGUUUCUGUGGACAAUGGAAGACUACUCGCAGAACAACUGGGUUUUGAGUUUUUUGAGACAAGCGCAAAGGACAACAUCAACAUCAAGCAGACAUUUGAACGCUUGGUGGACAUCAUUUGUGACAAGAUGUCCGACACUCUUGAGGCUGACCCAGCUGUUACCACGGGAACACCCACUACCAGACUGACCGACAACCCAACGCCUCCUCAACAGUCUGACUGUAGCUGCUAGUGCUUUCUGUUCAGGCUAUUUGCUUUAGUGGCUCGAGCGCUGUUGCCAAGCUUCCGUAUUUUGAGACAGAAAAUAAGUUGCAGAACCCCAAAUCUUUGGCCUGGCUUCAGCUCCUGUUUUUAUUGGUGUUAAGACAACCAACAUAGCAAACUAGCAAGAUUGUGCCAAACACAAGUGUCUAACCUUGUCCUUCCUUUAUGCCAUUAUAUCAGUAUACAGGUCUUAUUUCAGGGGUUGUUAGUUUACACAUAUUCCCUUUAUCGCGAAAUCUUGUAUUAAUAAUUUUAGCAAAGCAGAAAUUAGUUGAACUUUAGAGGCUCCACAAUCAUUCCCAUGUCUCUCAGGGGAAUUCUGAAUAUCUGUAAAUUUAUAAAUUCUAUAUACUUGUCUAACUUCUGCGUAGUGUAUUGAGAGGGUGUUGUACUUUUGCAUUUUGCUGAUGAGUUGGUUGGAUAUGUUUGUGUGAUUGCGAAUGCUGAAAACUACGGACAAAAUAAA